UACGUCACAUUCAGCUGAUGGUGCAGGUGUAAACAGCACUAUGAGGGCAGCAGUACUACAGCUUACUCUCACCUAGUACAAGUAUCAGGAGUUGCAUGUAACAAGCUGAUUAUAAGAGAGAGUUGGAUGUGAAAACCUUAACCUACAUUCAUGCAUUAAACUUCUACCUGGUAUGUUGCUAACAAAUACAUGAUGCACUCUCCUUCAUUUGUGAACGCCAAGGUGACGGGGAAGGCAAAAUUUAAGUUAACAUCUGAGCGUAUGAGUGGACUAAGUCUUGAAGAAUAUGAUUUACUUGGGGACUCCAAGUACCGGGCGUAUGUGGCAGCAGUGGACAAGACAUUACGUAACUUUGAAAAUACCAGUGAAUGGGCAGACCUUAUUUCCACACUGGGAAAACUUAAUAAGGUGUUACUAUCCCACAUGAAAUAUCCUGUUGUCCCACGACGCAUAACCAUCAGCAAGCGACUGGCACAGUGCAUGCAUCCUGCCCUGCCAUCAGGAGUUCAUUUGAAGGCCCUUGAAACAUAUGAUAUUAUAUUCAAAUGUAUGGGUACCAAUCGCCUCUCACAAGAACUGUUUAUAUACAGUGCAGGUUUAUUCCCUCUCUUCAGCAGUGCUGCAAUGAAUGUAAGGUCUGCACUUCUCACAGUAUAUGAAACUCAUUUUGUCCCCUUGGGCCCCAGAUUAAGACCUGGACUAAAUGGCUUCCUAUCUGGCAUCCUUGCUGGGCUGGAGGAAGGCUCUGAUCAUUUGGAGAGGACAUCCCAACUUCUGUCAAGAGUUGCUGAGGGAGUUGGCCAGGCAGAAUUCUUUGGCUGCCUUUGGGAUUGUGUUUGGGGUAACUCUGGGGUUCGUCUUCCAGCCAUAACACACAUCAUGGCUUGCUACAAUAAAAAGCUUUCAACAGAAGAUCAGCUUUACAUCUUGGGUACCAAUAUUGAUGUCACAGUGUCAGCUCUGUGUCAGGCCAUGGAGGAUUCAAGUGUUAUGGUGCAGCGGGCAGCUCUUGAUCUUACUCUUGCUGCUCUGCCUAUGCAUAACACUCAACUAUUACGGCCUGACUUGGUCAGAAUUGUUACGUCUGCUAUAUUGGUGCUGCUAAGAAGGGAUAUGUCUCUAAACAGACGACUGUAUGCAUGGCUGCUGGGUUCUGAAAUCAACCUUUCCCUGUUGUCAUCAGAACACCCUGUUGUUAAGCGCCUUAACAGUGCCGUGAGUGAUACCACCACUGAAGAUGGAGGAGAAAUUAAUGCCUAUUUUGAAACUUUCUCAAGACCUUUGCUAGUAGAAGGCAUUAUCGCAUGCCUAAGGACUAGUCAAGGAAUAAAUCCUCCUGACCUGCGGCCUUACAGGCUUAUAGUCUCACUGUUAGAUAAGCCAGAAAUUGGUCCUUAUAUUUUGGAUGAUAUAUUCUUGGAUUUGCUAAGAUGCUUAUACCACACUUGUCAAGUUUUACAAAUUGCAAAUGAGACUCCAGCUGAACCAAGCAGUAGACGUCAGAGCACAGUAGACAAGCAGAAUCCGCCAAUACCGCCACAGUCUCCAGAUGGCACUAAACCUCUCAUAGAGGGUAACAGAGGGUUUCAUGAAAUUACAAAAACUGCCACCUUGCUCUUCAGUGCUCUACAACCUUCCUAUCCAUGGAUGCAUCUCACAGGCCUUCUGAGUCAGGCCUGUCUGCUUAAGGCAACAUCUGGUAGCAAUAUGGAAGAAGUGAAGAGCAAUAAGGCUAGUAGUUGCUUUGCAUUGGUGGGAGCAGUAGGAAGCUCACAGAUGAGUGUGUGUGAGUUGUGCACUUUGUUGCAACACUUGCUAACAUCACUUCCUUUAGACACACAACAACAGACUCAAGCAUCUAGACUACCAGAGGUAUUGUCUUCUAUAACUGCCCUCCUGACUGAACACCUCAUAGUUGUGACUGCCCAAGAGCUCUCAGUAGGAUUAUCCCUUUGUCAAGCUAUUUUGCAUAAACUCAUUCCUUCAGUCACUCUUCCUCCUUUGACUAAUCUUUCUCGGCCAGAGUCACGAGCUAGUAUUGGUACUUUUGCUUCGUUGCAACUCCAUGCACUUUCACAAGUUUCAACUGUACCUCGACCCACAGUUGUCCCAGAAGCCUCUGCCCGGGAGAGCCCUCCUUCUGAAUCUGGCAUUGUUCAAAUUGGUAUUGAGGCAAAUGAGGAAGAUGUGAGUCUGAGUGAGGAAAAUAGAAAUAAUGAAUAUAGCACGGAUACUUCUGUAACAGGAGAAAAUACUAGUAUUGUCAAUGAAAAUUUAACUGAUAUUGAAGCAGAAACCUCAUUUAUAUGUAAUGGACCUAAAUUGUUAUCUGAAGACUCAAGAAAAUCUGAAACAGAAAUUGAAAAUGAUAUUGGAAACAGUGAAGAAUCUGCAAAAGAUGGAAAUGUGUCUGUAAAAGAUGAUGUAUUUAGUAUGAAACUCAACACUACAGUUGAUUUGUUUGAUCUCGAUGAAGUGGAAGAUAUGGUUGAUAAAACUGAGAGUAAAUUGGAGUUUGAUGCAUCCACAGACAGAAGAGAGAAAAUGGAUAGUAUAGGUGUUCAUCAUCCUGAUCUCUCUCAUUUAGAGAUCUCCCAAGAAGCAAGUGAGGAUGAGUAUGAAAGUGCUCCACAGAGUCCUAACCAUCAAAAUUCCUCUCCCAUUCAUAGUUAUGUGAAAAACUUUGAAAAAUUUUUCAUUGAAUUUAUUAAAAAAAAGUUAAUAUCAAAUAAUUCAUCAAUUAUAGACUUUCAAAAUAUGUUAUAUAGGUCUGAUAUGUUGGGUAUAGACAGUCUCUCUGAACUUAAGAAUUUAUUGAAAGAGUGUUUGCACUGUUGCGAAGCAAAAAAUGGAUCAAAAGGAUCUCAAGCAACCAGAAACCCAUCAUCGUUAACAUCACCUAGAACAACUCCCUCAAAAUUAUCUCAUUCAAAUUCACCUGUUCAUAUGCAAAGCAAGGAUGAAUUUAUUGAUUUCAUGUCUGUUCUUAAGUUGAAUCCCAAAUCAGAUGAACAGCUUGGAGUUUUCAAAGUAUCUUGUAGCAUCCUUGUUGAUCUCUCAUCUCUUCCAACAACCCCAGGAUUGACGCUCACUCGACCAAGCGCCAGCAUCCCACAGUGGCUUAUUGGAUUAUUAGCAUGUGUUGUUUGUGGAGGCCAAGUCUCUCCAGAAUUUUCUCUAGCUUCCAUAUCUACUCUUUUGGAACUUGUCAUGUUGGCUCAGUCUGAGCUCUCGGUGUGGCAGUGUGAAUCAGCACUUGAAGGAGGUGGUGAAGCUGGUGUAGUCACAGUUAACAUCACACCACUGCUUCUACCAACGCACACUCACAUAUUGUUGUAUCAUACAUUUGUAUAUCAGCACAUGGCACGCCAACUGUGGACUUACCUUGAACCUAGCAUGAGUCAGUUCCAUGUAACUAGCACAGAACUGCUCCUUCAGUUGCACAACUUGACACUGCCUCAUGGACCCAGUGCUACCCUCACAUCUGCUCCACCUCAGUCAGCCAUAUCUAUUGUUGAGAGACAAAUUCUUCUUGCAUUGACUCGUUCACUUCUGGUCACUGAUACAAGAAAAAAGACUGGGGUUGUAUGGAGUCAUGAGGGUAUACGUGCAGAGUAUGACAGCACAGCCAUGCAGCAGUGGAUCACCUUGUGGCAGGUGUCCCGCACUUUGUCAUCUGGAUUAUCAGGAAGACGUCCAGGAUUUGAUAGGUGUUUGUUUUUAAUGGUAGAGCGUCUACAUGGAGACAGUGGCACCGAGCGUAGCCUUGCCCAUGCCUGGCUUGCUACCGCCUUGCAGCGUAGUGAUACUGCACGGUUAAUGGAUCCCAUUUUGGUGUUAUUGCUUCAUCCUCACACUCGCAGAGUUAGUGUUCAGCAUGUCAACAUUGAGAAGUUACCCCCAACACAACAGUGCCAAGGAAAUAACUGUGUGGUAGAGGAAUCCCAGAUAUAUGCCAUCAGUUCUGAAGGUGGAGAGGUCAUGUACCAUGUGAGCAAGGAAGGAAGACAACCUCAGGUGAAAGGAAAGCAGAUAUCUGCACCUGACAAGCAUAUACUGGCCUUCACAUCAAUAUCUAAAGACAGCAAAAGGGUAGUUACUCACCAUGCUAAUUUUACUGAAUUUGAUUUACCAUCUAGUCAUGAACAGCCUCAAUUGCAGUCAUCUAUUUCUCUCAUGGUAAACCCAUUCAUGCAACAUCCAUGGAUAGAUAUGGAAGAUCUGGCAAAAAUGAACAAGCCAUUAAAUCUAUCCAAUGCAGUUCGAAUACAAAAUGGAAGCUAUCAAAAAUCAUCAACAUCAUCUGUACUACAGGAGGACUUCGGGAAAGAAGGAUCACCGAUAGGGUUUGAUGAACAAGAGGAAGAAUUAGAAGAGCAGUGGACAUCAACCAAGAUUGUUAGAAGUAUUUUGGAAGAAAUAAUAGAUGCUGUAGUAACUGACCACUAUAAGUAUCCUGAGAGUGAUGGGUCUAGUGAUCAGGACACCACAUCUCAGUCUGUAAUGAGUGAUGGCAUUGUUCCAGAAUUGACAAGACAUCCAUUCCAUUCUCACAUGCUUUUGUACAUGCAAGUUGUUGACAGUGGACAGUGCUUAAAUGGAUUAACAUUAAUCAGAAAUAUAAUUGAAGCACAGCCCAAAAAUUCUCUCUUAGCCCUAGCAUCAACAAGCAUUAACACCUUACAGUCAACAUCACCGUUGAUAUUAUUAUUGGCUAGACAUCGUCGAUCUGUCUUUGGAGAUGGUUUUGAUGGUGGAAGUGUGAAUGAUAUGGUGAGUCAGUUUCGGUCUACCAUGUAUCUGCAGGUGGUGAUCACAGUGUGCCUUUAUUACCUACGCUCAUACUACCCUUGCCUUCCACAUUUAAGAUUGAGAGAUGAACACCUACAUGACAACCAGGAGGUCCAAGUAACAUCAGCAGAAGUUCUCAUUCUUAUCUUUACCCACUUGUCGCCUUUGGUGACUGAUUCGCCUAGGGGUUUUACUCCAUAUAUCACUGACCUGUUAAGUAAAUGCAAAGUGCAGAAAUGUGUGUUGCACUGCUUACUUUCCACAGUGCAUUCUAUGACCACAACUGGAACAGCUGCUGCUUCAGACCAAAAACAUUUUCUUAGCCAGGAAAUAAGAACCUUCACAGAGGAGGUGCUCGAGUACAAUUGUGGUUCUUCUGGCCAUUCGGGCUCCGUUUCCCGUCAAGAGACCUACCUGGCCCGGAUUAUUGAUCUCACUCUUGCUUUAAUUCGAUUAGAAGACACUCUGGCAACUGAUCGGGCUGAAAGUGGCGUAAUCCGUGAUCCUCCUAGUGUUAGCAUGAAAUAUUCAGGGUUCAGUGCUACCAAGUACCAGCCAGGACAACCCAUUCCAGCUCAACCCAUGUUUAUGGAGGUACUAACUGUUGCAUUGAAACAACACCAUUUACGUCACCUGCAUGGAUCAUGGUUACACUUAUUUACUGCUGCAUUGCCACAUAUGGGCCCUUCACUGCCAAACAACAGCUUACGUGUGACAUACUUAGUGUGUGAGCUGUUGGAGUGCAUGGCCCAUUACUACUUCCCAGGUGCCCCCUCUCCACAGGCCCCUCCAGACUACACACUGACACUGUUGCAAUCCCUCACUACCACCGUUCAUUACUGUCUCCUGGACCCAACACAGUCACCAGCAUUUGGAUCUUCAUCUUUCACAGCCUCAGCUGUUUCCCCAACAAGUCAGACUGCUGGCCAGAUCUUGUAUAAUCUUCUUCACGUCUUCUCACCAGUGGGGGAAAUCAUGGAUGCACCUGUUGACAGCAGUGGCUUGGAUCCACCAGCUUGUGCCCGCCAGACUCUUCUCUGCCACUUGCCUCGAAUAAUUUCUGCAUUACUUUCUCUCUGGGCUGCAACAGGAGAUGAUCAGGAAUCUGCCUUCAUGUUGGGCAGUAGACGAGGAGUUAGACAACAGAUAGUAGAACUAUUGUCUCCAAUUUGUCAUCACCAAACCCCGCAUCUUUUAGCAGCUGUCAGUGUUGUAUGGCAGCAAAGAGGUGUACAGCAGAGGACACAAAGUCAGGGAAUUGGAAUUGCUACAAUGGAAGUCUUAAAUAUUAGAGGUAACAAUACCAACAACACUACUCACAAUAAACAAAGUGGAGUUGGUGGAUUACUGUGGAGUGGGUGUCCUCAACAGCUGGCUCUGGUAGAGAUGAUGUCAUUACUGCGAGUGCUGCCAUUACAUACUCUGGUAGCAACAGUGAAGCAGGUGGUUAAACAGCCUCCCAUAGUUGAUGGUGCAAAGGAAACUCUACCCCUCGAAGUAAGUGUGCUGCAGGUAUUCUACGUGUAUGUUCAGCAGUGUCCCGGCUCCCAGCUGGGUGAGUGCUGGGUGUCAUUGCUCACCAUGGUUAAGGAGGGAACAUUAGCUUUGUCUCCACCAGCACAACUCGUCUUGCUCGCAACACUCAAUGAAUUUGUUCAGCGAGCUCCACCACUGCAAGAGAAGAAGGACAUCAAGGAACUGCAGGAAGUGUCAAGCAAACUUCUUGAGUCCUGUAGUAACAUUGCUGGAUCAGGUCUUGAACCAACCACCUGGUUAAGACGAAACUUGACUGUCAGGACAGAGAACUUGGAGAAGAAGGAAGGGAUAAAUGAUCCAUCGGCUUACAGCGUGUCAGCCCUGAGUGUACUCGCAGAGCUGCUAGCACCUUUAUUAGAUGUCUUAUAUGUCAGUGAGGAGAAGGAUAAAGUUGUACCUUUGCUCACCAGCAUCAUGGCCCAUGUAGUUCCAUACUUACGCAAUCAUACGCGUAAUAACAUGGCAGCCUUUGCAGCAUGUUCCCAGCUCCUCUCAUCACUCUCUGGUUAUCAGUAUACUGUACGAGCUUGGCGUAGAGAUGUGCUGGACCUUCUGCUGGACACACAAGCUUUCAUGAUGCUGCCCUCCAUUCUUACAUACUGGCGCACCAUUGUUGACUACCUCUGCACACACGAUAAGAGUGUAUUUAAAGAAUUGUUGAGUCGAGUCUCCAUGUCCCAGGGAGGUUCACUGAGUCUCUUCUCAAGUAAAGAGUCAGAAUAUGAGACACGCGCUGGUCUGCUCAAGAGGUUGGCAUUUACUAUUUUCUGCUCUGAGACUGAUCAAUAUAUGCGUCACAUCCCAGAUAUCCAAGAACGAUUGGCUGAGGUGACCCGCCUAGGACAAGUUGUUCCAUCUUUGGUGGCCGAAGUGCUCUUAUGUUUCCGUGUAUUGCUCCUAAGGCUGUCCCCCCGUGGGGUAACUUCUCUGUGGCCUGUCAUCAUCACAGAACUAGUGCAGGUUUUUCUCAUGAUGGAACAAGAACUAGCUACAGAUACAGAGCAGUUCAGCAAGAAGGGGGGCAGCUCUCAUCUGAAACGGCUGUCUACAUUGGAUUCAUCUUGGGUGUUUAGCUCUCAGAAUGGUCUAAAUGCACACAACCACCCAGCCUGGCUCACACUCUACUUGUCAGCGUGUAAACUUUUAGAUCUGAUGUUGGCACUCCCUGCACAACAUUUGCCACAGUUUCAAAUGUAUCGUUGGGCAUUUGUGGGUCCCAUUCCAGUUGCAAGUGUUGAGGAGAAAACUGAAGGAGCCGGUAGCAUUCUUUUGAAGAGCUGUGAUUUUGUGCCUCAUAUUGCUCGUAUUGCCAAACUUAUGGCAAACAAGAAUGGGAGUAAAAACAACAACAGGACUUUGGAGCAUCGUCCUGGUCAGCUAAUGCUUACUGUAGCAAGUAUCUCAACUUUGGUCGACCUGCAGCCAUUUUUCAAUACACUUGUGUCUCCAACCUUCAUCCCUGCAGCAGCUACUAUGGGACAGUUCAUCACUGGAAGUCACUUGCCAUUCUCAACUUCAGUGUCGUCUUCUGGCUCAGGCCAAAGUUCUGCAACAGCAUCAACAUCUUUCUCAAAUUUUGCUCAUAUUGAAGCAGUCAUUGAAAGGGACUUCUUAGAACCACUGCCUUCGUAGCAGAUCCAUGAUGUAUAUUCUUUAUUCUUGUACUUCCUGUGAUUUCAUUUACCUUAAAAGUAAUCUCUCAAAUAUGACUGACAAUAUAGUGUGUGUGUGCGUGCGUGCAUGCGUGCGCUUAAUGAUAAUAAUUGAUGCAAGCCUUGAUGAACAUCUUAUUAGGAUACUUUGUGUAGUUCAGCUUGACAAUAGACAACACUAUCUUCUGUAAACAUGUUGUGCAGUGAUGCUGGAUGUGGUGUAAUUUUUUUAUUGGGAUUUCAGAAGACACUAGUACAGUACAUGUGUCAUAUGAAGUCAUAUUAUUUUUGUCUUACCGUAUAUGAAGGGUUGUCACUAGAAAUGCAAGUGCUGUAGGAUAUAAACUAAUAGCUAUUGAAGGAUGUUAUAUUACAGAUACAAGCAUUGACAGAUACAGCUAUUCUUCUUCUUUAAUGCCUGGAAUAAAGAAUGGAGGGAAGUAGUGUAAAUCGGAUUUUUUCCAUUCAUGCAAGCUUUCUCCCAUUACUGUACAGUAUAUUGAUGGGUGGUGGAAACUGAGAGUUUUGUUUAUAUUUUUUAUCAACCAUCCACAGUUACUUUUGUAAUAUCCUCAUAGACAACUCAAGCCCAUUCUCUGUUUUGGGGUAAAAAAAAUAGAAGAAAGGGCUAAUUACUGCAUUUUCACUAUGCUCAUUAGAAAUGCACUCUUGAGGUUGUGUAACGAAAGUUUGAGAACCCCAAGAAAAACUUCUUAAUGCACACAUAACACAUACUUUCUACAUGGAAGAUCAAGAUCAUGUUUGAAGAAGUGGAAAUCUCAUCUUAAACAGAUCAAAUUUUGAUGCAUUAUUGUACUUACGAAAGAUAAAUCCAAUUAUUGUAUAAAAGUAGAUGGUGCAAAUUGCCAAAGUAGACAGAGAAAUUUGUUGCCAGUCACCGUCACAUGGCAACCACUGCGGUGUUUCUGGGUUUUUGCUUCAUCAGAGAGUGAAUGAUUGAUUACCGUUCCUAGAAUUAGUGACGAUAGAUUUCAGAUGAUUUUUUUUUUUUAUGUAAGUAUUAUGGAAACAUUUUUGUUGAAAGAUGUUGCCUAACCAUUUGCUAAAUGAUGAGAUUGUGGUUAACGUUGUGAUUGUAUAAGUUGUUCAGUUAAAAGCUCUUUAAAGAAAGGCUUUACACUUUUCUUCAGGAUCAUUUACAAAUGUAUUAAGAUUUAGAUUUACAGUACUGUAUUACUUUUGGUGAAUGUUUUGUGGUAAUGAUAAUAAUGACUUAUAAAUUAACUGUGAAAGGAUGCAAUUUGUCCUUCACUUGAUGUAAAUAUCCUUUAUAUCAACAUGCUCACCUGUUCUCACAGAUGAAUCUGUGCACAAUUAUGCUGUAGUCAUUAUAGUACGACAUAAAAAAUCCAGAAUACUUGGGACCUGGACAUUGCUAUUUUUUUUCUUCAUAUUUGUGAGUACAAUACACAUACUUUAUAUUUAAAAAGAUACAUAAUUCUUUUUCCCAUUAAGAGGGAAAGGUAAUCUGGACCCCAAAAAAUGGAUUUCUGAAGUUUCUGAACUCUUGGUGUCCAAAUUUUUUUUUUGCACUGUAUUUUUAUUUUUUCAUGACUUAACAAAAGAAACAGGUGUUUGAAGAAUGUAAUUGUUAUGGUAAAUUACCAAUAUAUUUUAAUGUGGCUUGUUGGUGUAAAUUUUGUUCAUUUGAGUUAAAAAAUAUUGUUGCAUUCUGUAGCUGCUUUUAUGAUGCCCACUUGUGCCUUUCAUUUGUUUUGUAGGUCAGUAUGGAGGGGUCGAAAUAACUGUAUUUAUAUUGCAUUUUGGGAAAGACCUCUAGUGUAAAGUAAAUAUAAAUAGCAUUGUUUGUAAUUCAUUAAUACAUAGGGUAGCAGAUUUUGCAAAUAAUUUUUUGCAGCCAUUCUAAAAAAUGAUGAACACGUACUACAUUAUAUAGAUCUUGUUUCAAUAAUUUCAGUCAUGUAAAUUCGUAAGUUUUAAGAAUUUCUGUAAAUAAAUCCUAUGAAUAUAGCUGUCAUAGUUCUUACAUUUUGAUAUACUGUAACUGUUUUUCUUUCUGUUGACAUUUCCUCUACAGUUUGCUGUUGUAAUUCAUGUUCUUCAAAGAUGUUUUAUAUUGUUAGAAUAAAUAAUAUUCCUGCG